UUGUCUGCUCUGGGACUUGGAACAAAAGGGGGAACUCUGAUGAACUCCUUCUCCCGCUCCCUGGACGCCUGGGUAUCUCCCUCUCACAACUUUGUCAACGCGACUUUCUCCGCUGUCAGGCUGCGCAAAAGUGUCCCAGCGCCUCGCAGGCUGCAACAAUGGAAACAAUGUCCCUUCAAAGUGCGACGAAGUCGGGGAGAAGGUGUCAUUACCAGCGUUUCCAAGUCAUGUCAUGCUUGGCCGGAGUACUACCUACUGAUCUGCAUUCGAAUUGUUCUUAUUGGAUAUAUGCUUCUCAGCCAGUGGCAUGGAGAUGCCACCACCCCAGCAAGUCAGCCGUGGACAAAAUACUAUCAGUUUCUUUCUUUGGAGUUUCUUCAGUUAAAUUGUUGGGAUUUGGGGCAGUGCUUUCCUUAUGUGGAUUAUUGCAGCUUGAUGACUGGGAAUUCUCCACGUAUAGAAGCACUCCCAGGUGACUUCCCAAGAAGCCUUCACACCCAGCAUGUUCAGUGCCAGCUGUGGCUAAUGUGUCAGCCUUUCCGUCCGUCACUCGAUUCCCAACACUCGAGGCUUCGUACCGAGACUGCUGAGUUUCACCACAAGCUGAAGCUUGCGAUAUCACACUUGGCCAAAUCUGGUCACACCUUCGAUUGUAUGUACCUGAUGUCACUGGAUGCCUACAGCACUUACACCCUGAGCUGA